CGUCAUUGCAAAGGGAAGGUGAUUUGGAAGCCACCCGUAUGGGAUCUUGAGAUUCUUGCAUGAAGCCAACCAGACCUUCUCAGCCUGGCGUCUCUGGAUGGAACCAGAAGAGGAAUUAUGUGUCUCCAUGCUCCAAGUCUCCAUGGAGAGAGAAGUCCCCCCUGACUUCGUAGGAAGUUACGAGAUCCCAAGCGAGUACGAGGAGGUGAUUCCUCCAGGGGAAGUUCCCGAGAUGGUGGAGCAGGAUGAGAUGUUACUGGGGCAGGCGGAAGAAAACGCUCCCAUCGAGGGAGAAGCCUCUGUGAAUCAACAGGCCGGAGACUCUCGUGCAGGUCAGCGGCGGAAUGGAUCUCUCGAUCCAGAUGGAGGCGCGGGGAUCCUCCAAGAGAUUACUCCACCACCUGGGAUUCCCCUGCCAGCGGGAUCGUUUGGUUGCCGUGAACACGGGGAGAGCAUCCAACAGAACUCGAGCCUUAAUAUCCCACCGGAGAUCUCUCCGCUGGGAGAGAAGCCACAUAAAUGCACAGAAUGUAGCAAGAGCUUUAGCUGGCGCUCAGACCUCAUCAAACAUCAGAGAAUCCACACGGGAGAGAAGCCCUACAUUUGCAGCGAAUGCGGGGAGAACUUCACUGUGAGCUCUCACCUGUUCACGCACAAGAGGAUCCACACGGGAGAGAAGCCGUUCCUCUGCCCCGAGUGCGGGAAAUGCUUCAGUCGGAACUCGCACCUCGUCAGGCACCAGCGAAUCCACACGGGAGAGAGGCCCUUUGAGUGCGGCGCGUGCGGGAAGAGCUUCGGCGAUUUCUCGACACUCACCCAGCACCAGAGGACUCACACUGGCGAGAAGCCUUACGUGUGUGUCGAGUGCGGGAAGGGCUUCGUACAGAGUUCACAUCUCACCAGGCACCGGAAGACCCACACGGGAGAAAAGCCCUAUAAGUGCGCUGAGUGUGGGAAGGGCUUCCGGUACAAGACCCACCUUGUGCAGCACCACAGGCUUCACAUCGGGUAAGGAAGUGGGGCAGGACUAUUUCUCUGCCCAUUAGGAGUUAACGAAUGACAAGAAGGAACCUAAGGAAGACUUGCAAGUAUUGAUAGCAGCCAGCACUGGCGGCGGCUUCUGUGUUUUAAAACCAGACAGGUUCUGGUAUGUAUGCCAGGUCUUCCCCCCAUACCACCCCCAGCAGAUCUGUGAAGCAUGGUUGAUAAACGCUGGUUUAUUUCCAGCGUUAUCUCCCUGGGGAUUUAAACUGGGUUUUUAUACUGGGUGUAAACCGGUGUAGUAUCGAGUUGACCACUAGAAGGAGCAAAACGAGUGCAGAACAGAAACACACACACCCCACCU